CUUAUUGGCAACAUUGUUCAAAACGCUCAGCUGUCAAAUAUUGUUUUGUCUAUAGUCUCUUUUUCAUCCGGUUGUCAAGAUGGGUAUCGACAUCAAUCAUAAACACGACAGGAAAGUUCGGCGCACUGAAGUCAAGUCUCAGGAUGUAUACCUGAGAUUAUUGGUAAAACUAUACAGAUACCUGGCUAGGCGCACAAAUGCCAAGUUCAACCAGAUUAUCCUGCGAAGAUUGUUCAUGAGCCGCAUCAACCGGCCCCCGAUCUCUCUGUCGCGCUUGGCUCGCCACAUGAAGAAGCCGACGCGCGAGGGUCUGAUCGCCGUUGUUGUCGGCACAGUGACCAACGACGUGAGGUUGUACACAGUGCCCAAGAUGACUGUGGCCGCCCUCCACGUUACUGAGAAGGCGCGCGCUCGCAUCUUGGCUGCUGGAGGAGAGAUCUUGACAUUCGACCAGCUGGCUCUCCGCGCCCCGACUGGUCGCAAGACGGUGUUGGUGCAGGGCUGCCGCAACGCUCGCGAGGCUGUGCGUCACUUCGGCCCGGCGCCUGGCGCCCCGCGCUCUCACACCAAGCCCUACGUGCGAACCAAGGGUCACGAGCGUGCAAGACCACACCGUCGCUCCAAUGUAUAAUCUUUAUAUUAUAAGGACUACAGCCUAAA